UCUCAUUCUUCUAUUUCCUUCCCAUAUAAUCGUGCCAAUUUUAAUAUAAUAGUUCUUAAAUAAACUGGUACUGCGCUCGCUCAAAUAUUAUUAUCAUCUCUGCUAGAAAGUGGUAAUGGCGGGAGGAAGCGAGGCAGCAGAAGCAUUGGAUUCCAUUCUCUCCGAUUUUGAUGACAUACACAAUGAUUUCGUUGAAGGAAUGGCGAGGAUUAAAUCACUUGAAUCAAAAUACAAUUCCGAAAUUAAAAAAAGAGAAGCGCUUCAGUUCACUGUCGACACUCUCAAAUCAGAAAAUGAGAGAUUGAUGAAACUUUACACAGACGCAAUCAACAAACUAGCAAAUCAGCUUGAAAGCAGGAAUAACUGUCGAACAUUGAAGACGGAACUCAAGAGAAUGAGCGAUGAUCAUACCAGGAAAGAGGACGAGUUCAGAAAUGCAAUGAGCCAGCUUAAGUAUGAUUCCGAGAACAGAAUUAAAGAGCUGGAGGUUCAAAUGAAAGAUUCUCUAGCUCAGAAAAUGGCAAAUGAAUCAACCAUAUUUCAGCUUCAACAAGAUUUAUCUGCACAUAGGAACCAUGUUGAUGCUUUAGCGAAAAGGUUGGACCGGGUUCAUUCGGAUGCAGAAAUGAAAUAUCAAUAUGAGAUCCAGGAUUUGAAGGAUUGUCUUAUGAUGGAGCAAGAAGAGAAAAAUGGAUUGAACAGAAAGCUCCAAAGUCUAGAAAAGGAAUUACUGAUUAGCAAAACAAAGUCGGCUGAAAACAAACAAGAUUUGAGUUCAAAUCGACAUGUUGAAACUCUGAAGCAGAAGGUAAUGAAAUUGAGGAAGGAAAAUGAGGUCCUCAGGAGGCAGUUGCUUGAUUCCAAAGAUGACUGAUAUCUGUCAACAGUUGAGGACCUUCUGGUUUUCCAGAUUGUUCAAUAGAUUAACCGGAUACCUGCACAUAUGCGAAUUCCAUAAUCAAAUUGAAACCUACCGCUCUAUAUAACAUGCCAUACCUCAAACAAAUGCAUUAUGAGCGUUUGGAGACUGUAUAUGAUAAUGAAUAAUUGCCAUAAAAAAGUCUUUCUGUAAUACCAUGUGCUGCAGGAGAUGGUGUUUGGACAUGCCGGUUGAGGUUCUAAUAGUUUUUUUUUUUUUUUUUUUUUUU